CUUGCCUGGUGUGACUGAGAGGAAAUUCAGCCAGAACCUGGUUGCUCAGCUUUGGUACUUUGUGAAAUGUGUUUACUUUGGGUUGUCUGCCUACCAAAUCCGUUGUGGCUACCCAACGCGAGUCCUUGGAAACUUCCUCACCAAGAGCUACAAUUAUGUCAACCUCUUCUUGUUUCAAGGGUUCCGCCUCGUUCCCUUUCUGACUGAGCUGAGGGCUGUGAUGGACUGGGUGUGGACAGACACGACCUUGAGCCUCUCCAGCUGGAUCUGUGUGGAGGACAUCUACGCUCACAUAUUCAUCCUGAAGUGUUGGCGGGAGUCUGAAAAAAGAUACCCGCAGCCCCGGGGGCAGAAGAAGAAGAAAGUGGUGAAGUAUGGCAUGGGAGGCAUGAUCAUCGUUCUGCUCAUCUGCAUCGUCUGGUUUCCCCUUCUCUUCAUGUCCUUGAUCAAAUCUGUGGCGGGGGUCAUCAACCAGCCCCUGGACGUCUCGGUCACAAUCACCCUGGGAGGGUACCAGCCUAUUUUCACAAUGAGUGCACAGCAAAGCCAGUUGAAAGUUAUGGAUCAGCCCAAGUUUAAUAAAUUUAUGAAAGCUUUUUCUAGGGACACUGGUGCUAUGCAAUUUCUGGAAAAUUAUGAAAAAGAAGACAUAACUGUAGCAGAACUGGAAGGAAACUCAAAUUCUUUGUGGACCAUCAGCCCUCCCAGUAAGCAGAAAAUGAUAAGCGAACUCAUGGACCCCAAUAGUAGCUUCUCUGUUGUUUUUUCAUGGAGUAUUCAGAGAAACAUGAGUUUGGGUGCAAAGGCAGAAAUUGCAACCGAUAAGCUUUCUUUUCCUCUUAAAAAUACCACACGAGAACAUAUAGCUAAAAUGAUAGCCGGCAACAACACGGAAAGUUCAAGAACACCGGUGACUAUAGAAAAGAUCUACCCAUAUUACGUGAAAGCACCUAGUGAUUCGAAUUCGAAACCUAUAAAGCAACUUUUGUCUGAAAAUAACUUCAUGAAUAUCACCAUCAUUUUGUCCAGAGACAAUACAACUAAAUCUAACAGUGAGUGGUGGGUUCUCAACCUGACUGGAAACAGAAUAUACAAUCAGCACGCUCAGGCCUUGGAACUGGUGGUCUUCAAUGACAAAGUCAGCCCGCCCAGUCUGGGGUUCCUGGCUGGCUAUGGUAUCAUGGGAUUGUAUGCUUCGGUUGUCCUUGUGAUUGGGAAGUUUGUCCGUGAAUUCUUCAGUGGGAUUUCUCACUCCAUCAUGUUUGAAGAGCUUCCAAAUGUGGACCGAAUUCUGAAGUUGUGCACAGAUAUUUUUUUAGUUCGAGAGACAGGGGAACUGGAACUCGAGGAAGAUCUCUAUGCCAAAUUAAUAUUCCUGUACCGCUCACCAGAAACCAUGAUCAAAUGGACUAGAGAAAAAACAAAUUGAUGCUUUAAGACACAGACUGCAGAUCAAAUUAACAUUUGAAUUUUAAAAAAAGCACAAUAUCCUCAUAAGAGCUAAGCAUUUCUAGUUGGAUGGAAAUGGUUUCUCUUCUGACAGGUGGUCAAAAGGAGCUGACUUCCUUCUGCAGUCUAAGCUACCUUGUAAAUGAAGGCGCUGUUGAAAAUGUUAUUUGUAACUCCAUUUCUCCAAAAUCAGGGCUAUUUGUUUUAUGAUAUAGUCAACAGUGUCUUGCAUUCUGAUUGACGAUGCAAAGGAAUCAUUUAUGGGUCUCCUCCCUCAGAGAAACAGGAGAGAAGAAGGGAAAAGGACAGUUGCCCAUGGUUUUCUGUGCGGAGCCCGCACACUUCCUGAAGAGAUGCUCUAGUUCAGUAGGCCGCACCCUGUUGCCAACGGGGAAGCUGCUGUGGGGAGAACAGAUGGGCCUCAGCACGCCCCGAAAAUAUGCAACAGCAUUAGGGGCUGAAACUCCUGAAGAGAUUUCUGGGGCAGGGGCGGGGGGGGAACAAGAGAGGGAGCCAAAGACCCAUGAAGAUACCAGUGGACGAACGAGCCUCAUUCUAAGCAAAAAGUUAACAUUAGUGACACUCUUACUGCCUUAUCUUAACUGAAGACUAGUAAAAAAAAAAAAAAAAAAAAAAAAAAAAAAUCUUUCCAUUAAACACCAGUGACUUCUCAGGAAAAAAGAAAAAAAAGCAGCAAAACAAAAAUGGGGACACCGGUUUUGUCGAGGCCCAGCAAAUGACUCGCUUCAGUGGCGGCUGUUAUGCUCCAGAGUUCGGCUCCUCCUCAGACACAGGCUCCAGGCAGAAGGAUGAAAAUGGCGCCCAGCUGGGUGUGGAAAUCUCUGACUCUGUAACUCUUUCCCAACUGAGGUCAUGAACGCCCUUCUACCUUUUUCCCCAUCCCUCAACACGCUUUUUCCCAUUUCGAUGAUUUAAGGCAAUGGUUUUUUCCAGUAUGUGACAUUUUCCUUCCUGUUUUUCAGGUAUAUCGAAGAGUUUACAUAUUCCAAUUCACAUUUUUACAUCUGAGACGGGUUUUUUAAGUUCAUAGUUAUGGAAGAAAUAUGUAUAUUGAGCUUGGGGAAAUAAAAAAAAAACGGCCUUUUCUUAAAUUAUUAUUAUUGGUAAUACAACCUCUUCAUUAAAUAACAAUGUAGCAUGAAAAUUUAUGACUGAAAUGUAGUUUUCAUUCUGUAUUAAAAUACAGUUUCUGAGGAGUCAUUAAAUGGACUAGAACAUGUCCAAAAAAAUGAUCCUAUGUAGUCUGGGUUCAGGACUGACUUAAAAUAAAGCACAUCUUGCAAAGCCA